CUGGAGAGAGGCUUGGCAACUCCAUCAGUCAGUUCCCUCAGGACUGUGAGAUGCAUGUCAUCCAGCCCCAUAGACUCGUGCCUGUUCAAUUUCAUCAGAUGGUCAAGAGGGAACAACCCAUCUUCAGCACCCGAGCUCAUGUCUUCCAGAUUGACCCAAACACUAAGAAGAACUGGGUUCCCACCAGCAAGCAUGCUGUUACUGUGUCCUACUUCUAUGACAGCACAAGAAAUGUCUACAGGAUAAUCAGUUUGGAUGGCUCCAAGGCAAUAAUAAAUAGCACUAUCACCCCCAACAUGACAUUUACUAAAACAUCCCAGAAGUUUGGCCAAUGGGCAGACAGCAGAGCGAAUACAGUCUAUGGCUUGGGAUUUUCAUCUGAACAUCACCUGUCAAAAUUUGCAGAAAAAUUUCAGGAAUUCAAAGAAGCUGCACGGCUGGCAAAAGAAAAAUCCCAAGAAAAGAUGGAGCUAACAAGUACACCUUCUCAAGAAUCAGCUGGAGGGGAUAUUCAGUCUCCUUUAACACCAGAAAGUAUCAAUGGGACAGAUGACGAGAGAGCGACGCCGGAGGUGACACAGAAUUCAGAACCAAGGGCUGAACCAACCCAGAACGCAUUGCCAUUUACCCAUAGUUCGACAAUCAGCAAGCAUUGGGAGGCAGAACUGGCCACGCUCAAGGGUAAUAAUGCUAAGCUCACAGCAGCCCUGCUGGAGUCCACUGCCAAUGUAAAACAAUGGAAACAACAGCUUGCUGCGUAUCAGGAGGAAGCAGAACGUCUUCAUAAGCGGGUGACUGAGCUAGAGUGUGUGAGCAGUCAAGCCAAUGCAGUCCACACACAUAAAACAGAAUUAAACCAGACAAUACAGGAAUUAGAAUCUACGCUGAAGAAAAAAGAAGAGGAAAUAGAAAGAUUGAAACAAGAAAUUGACAAUGCCAGAGAGCUCCAGGCACAGAGGGAUUCUUUGACCCAGAAGUUACAGGAAGUAGAAAUUCGAAACAAAGACCUGGAAGGCCAGCUGUCUGAUCUAGAGCAACGUCUGGAGAAAAGUCAGAAUGAGCAAGAAGCUUUUCGCAAUAACUUGAAGACACUUUUAGAAAUUCUUGAUGGAAAAAUAUUUGAACUAACAGAGUUACGGGAUAACUUGGCCAAGCUAAUAGAAUGCAGCUAAAGAAAAUGGGAUUUCAGUGCCAAUCAGCUUAAAGAUGCACUGUCUCUCUUUGUAGGACUGUGAUGGGCUCUGCAUCAAAGUUGCACAAAAUUAGAAAAUGCUCCUCUGAGAGGGCUUGUUUUAAAUUUGAGUCAUAUUUCAAUGUAAAAUUUAGAACUCAGCUUGUAGCUAGUUGAAGAAAAAGAAACAACGAACAAAAAAAAAAAACUUGAAUUACAAAUUACCUCCUUGUACAUUAUUGGCCAUAGAUAACUUGAAAGAUACUAACAGUAAUUGAAUGCAAUCCUUUUCUAAUUAUCAGAGAUGGAAGAAUUAGCAGUGUCCCAGGUCACAUCCCCUUUUUGUGAUAGACACAAUAUAGGUUGUUUGCUGGUUUAUUUAUUUAAGAUAUUUAAUUGCUGUGUUUUGUGCAAGAAGUUAGUGAUGACAGCCCUGUAUUUUGUUGUUCUUAAUAAUUUCUCAGGAUACUUUGCACUGUGGAGAAACAGUGCCAUUACCAAUUUAUUCUUGUCGGGGUGAGAGAGAGUUGCAUCUUUAAUUGAAACGAAGUUACUAACUGCUUGUGUAAAGUUCUUCCUUUUGGGGUAUUUCAGUUGGUUGGUCAGUUGGUGGUUGGUUUUUUUGCUUGUUUGUUUGUUGCUUUUGUUUUUUGCCUUUUUUUUUUUUUUUAGUUUAUAUAAAAGACCGUAUUUCUUUAUGGAACUUA